UAGCAUUUUAGCUGUAUCCUCUUAGUUGGUUAAACUCUUUCACUUACUCAACAAACUUACUAAUCAUGAAACUGCAAUCCGCAGAUGGUGAAAUAUUCGAAGUAGAAACUCGCGUUGCAAAGUGUUCUAAAACCAUAAAAACCAUGAUGGAGGAUUUGGGCAUGGACGAGGACUACGCCGAAGUGGUUCCUCUGCCGAACGUGCACUCCUCCACGCUGCGGAGAGUUCUCGAGUGGGCCAACUUUCACAAGGACGACAAACCACCGCUGGAUGCACUGGAUUAUUCGAACGAGCCGUACAGACGCACCGACGACAUCUGCGAUUGGGACCGCGAGUUUCUCCGCGUCGAGCAGGCAGUGCUACUCGACCUGGUAUUGGCCGCCAACUAUUUGGACAUCGAAGACCUGUUGGAUGUGACCUGUAAAACGGUCGCCAACAUGAUCAAGGGAAGGACACCCGAUCAGAUAAGGGAAACGUUCGAAAUUGAAAACGAUCUGACACCGGAAGAGGAGGACCAGCUGCGGACGGAGAACGAAUGGUGUGAAGAGAAGUACUGACGGUUGUUAAUUCUGAAGAAUAAAGGAAAACUGUUUUUCAAUUUUUACUUCAA